AAACGUUCACAUUAUGACGAAAUCCAUUAGGUUAGAAAUAAAACACAGAAAAUAAGCCUUAUUGGUUGUGUUAUCGGACACAUCGCUGCGUGCGCCCAGCCCCUUGGACGUGCACUUACCGGCACCUCCCGGCCUCAACCGAUAACGACAUAAACGACUCAGCUCCAGCUUCGCUUCUCGCUCCUCUCAUCAUCAAUUACACACACAAUGAACGAACAGCCAAUUGUCCUCGACCAGGGUACUGGUUUCGUAAAGAUCGGGAGAGCAGGCACCAACUUCCCAGACCACACCUUUCCAUCGAUUGUCGGGAGACCGAUCUUGAGAGCGGAGGAACGCGCAGUCACAGGUGACAUUGAAAUCAAAGACAUCAUGUGCGGUGACGAAGCGUCCGCGAUGAGAUCCAUGUUGCAGGUGUCGUAUCCGAUGGAGAACGGGAUCAUCAAGAACUGGGCAGACAUGGAGCACUUGUGGGACUACGCUUUCUACGAGCGUAUGCAAAUCGAAACUAGCGGGCGCAAGGUCUUGCUCACAGAGCCGCCAAUGAACCCGUUGCGCAACCGUGAGAAGAUGUGCGACGUGAUGUUCGAGAAGUACAACUUUGGCGGGGUGUACGUGGCAAUCCAGGCCGUGUUGGCCUUGUACGCCCAGGGGUUGUCAUCCGGGGUGGUGGUGGACUCGGGGGAUGGUGUCACGCACAUUGUGCCGGUUUACGAGUCGGUUGUAUUGAACCACUUGACAAAGAGAUUGGACGUGGCCGGGAGAGACGUUACCAGAAACUUGAUCAAUCUCCUCCUUCGCCGCGGGUACGCCUUCAACCGUACCGCGGACUUUGAGACCGUGCGCCAGAUCAAGGAAAAGCUCUGCUACGUGUCGUACGACUUGAGCUUGGAUGCAAAGUUGGCCCAAGAGACCACCACCCUCGUGGAGAGCUACGAAUUGCCAGACGGCAGAAUCAUCAAGGUGGGCUCCGAGAGAUUCGAGGCCCCUGAGUGCUUGUUCCAGCCGGGCUUGGUGGAUGUUGAGCAGCCGGGGGUGGGUGAGUGUUUGUUCAACACCAUCCAGUCCGCCGACGUGGACAUUAGAUCCACGUUGUACAAGGCGAUUGUGCUCUCUGGCGGGUCGUCAAUGUACCCGGGCUUGCCGUCGCGUCUUACCAAAGAGUUGAAGCAGUUGUGGUUGACCCGCGUGUUGAAGGGUGACCCGAGCCGUUUGGACAAGUUCAAGGUUAGAAUCGAGGAUCCGCCAAGAAGAAGACAUAUGGUGUUUAUCGGUGGUGCGGUGUUGGCAAACAUCAUGGCGGACAAGGACCACAUGUGGAUUUCCAAGCAGGAGUGGGAGGAGCAGGGUCCACGGGUGUUGGAGAAGCUCGGGCCGCGCUAGCGAGCACUGCACCUAACGUUAUAUGUAAUUUAAAAGUAGAAAAGACGCAGACGAUUGUAGUUGAAUAGAAGCGAUUGCGACGUCACUUACGAAUGGCGGGUGAGGUCUGGAUGCCGUUGUAUUUAACAUCAAUACCGAUCGGGGUUAGAAAACCAUUGCCAUACCACAGGUCUGGUGGAAGUUUGAUAUCCGUCAUUCCACCUAGCUCACUCUUCCCAAAUACCUAAUUACUACAUCAAUACAAGCAGUCA